AUGAAGAAGGUGGUUGUUGGAGGAUUCAGAUACUCCUGUAUGUACAAGCGUCGGGACUACAUGGACCUCUAUGAGAAGGAUCUGGCCAAAUGGGCGCUGCUACGCAACGUCAACACUGUGGUGAAACACACAACACUGCUGCCGGGCGACUAUGUCUGGCUGGACUUGAAGACCGGUCGGGAGUUUGAGGUGCCGAUCGGCGCUGUGGUCAAACUCUGCGACUCGGGACAGAUCCAGGUGUUGGAUGAUGAAGGGAAUGAACACUGGAUCUCCCCUCAGAAUGCCACCAACAUCAAGCCGAUGCAUCCCACUUCCAUCCACGGCGUUGAGGACAUGAUCCGCCUCGGAGACCUCAACGAAGCCGGCAUCCUCCGCAACCUGCUCAUCAGAUACAGAGAAAAGCUCAUAUAUACGUACACUGGCUCCAUCCUGGUGGCCGUCAACCCUUACCAGCUGCUGCCCAUCUACACGGCUGACCAGAUCCGCCUCUACACCAAUAAGAAAAUCGGAGAGAUGCCGCCGCACAUCUUCGCCAUCGCUGACAACUGUUACUUCAACAUGCAGAGGAACAACCGUGACCAGUGCUGCAUCAUCAGUGGAGAGUCUGGAGCAGGAAAAACAGAAAGCACCAAACUGAUCCUCCAGUUCCUGGCAGCCAUCAGCGGCCAACACUCCUGGAUCGAACAGCAGGUCCUGGAGGCCAACCCCAUCCUGGAAGCCUUCGGCAACGCUAAAACAAUCCGCAACGACAACUCGUCUCGUUUUGGGAAAUACAUCGACAUCCAUUUCAACAAAAGAGGAGCCAUAGAGGGAGCCAAGAUAGAACAAUACCUGCUGGAGAAAUCCAGAGUCUGUCGACAGGCCUACGAUGAGAGAAACUACCACAUCUUCUACUGCAUGCUGAAGGGUAUGACUGUGGAGGAGAAGAAGAAGCUGGAGCUGAGUAAAGCCACCGACUACACCUACCUGACCAUAGGUAACUGUACAGUGUGUGACGGUCGAGACGACAUGAAGGAGUACUCCAACAUCCGCUCUGCCAUGAAGGUUCUCAUGUUCACUGACAAGGAGAACUGGGAGAUUUCUAAGCUGCUGGCAGCCAUAUUGCACAUGGGGAACCUCAGAUAUGAAGCUCGUACCUAUGACAACCUGGACGCCUGUGAGGUCGUUCGUAGCGCUCACCUGACCACCGCUGCAACUCUGCUGGAGGUGGACGAUAAAGAUCUGAUGAACUGUCUGACCAGCCGAACACUGAUCACCCGAGGAGAAACCGUCUCCACUCCGCUCAGCAUGGAACAAGCUCUGGAUGUCCGGGACGCUUUUGUUAAGGGUAUCUACGGCCGGUUGUUUGUUUGGAUCGUGGAGAAGAUCAAUGCAGCCAUUUACAAGCCUGCGUCUUCACAGCCCAAAGCUCUCAGACGCUCCAUCGGUCUGCUGGACAUCUUCGGCUUCGAGAACUUCACCAUCAACAGCUUCGAGCAGCUCUGCAUCAACUUUGCCAACGAGAACCUUCAGCAGUUCUUCGUCCGUCACGUCUUCAAGCUGGAGCAGGAGGAGUACAACCUGGAGCACAUCAACUGGCAGCACAUCGAGUUCACCGACAACCAGGAUGCCCUGGACAUGAUCGCCAUCAAACCCAUGAACAUCAUCUCGCUCAUCGACGAGGAGAGCAAGUUCCCCAAGGGCACAGACACCACGAUGCUGAACAAACUGAACUUUCAGCACAAACUCAACACCAACUACAUCCCACCAAAGAACAACUAUGAGACUCAGUUUGGGAUCCAACACUUCGCUGGAGUGGUUUAUUACGAGACGAGAGGUUUCCUGGAGAAGAAUCGAGACACUUUAUACGGCGACAUCAUCCAGCUGGUUCACUCCUCCAAGAACAAGUUCAUCAAGCAAAUCUUCCAGGCCGACGUCGCCAUGGGGGCAGAAACCAGGAAACGCUCUCCGACUCUCAGCAGUCAGUUUAAAAGAUCUCUGGAGCUGCUGAUGAGAACUCUGAGCGUCUGUCAGCCGUUCUUCGUUCGAUGCAUCAAACCCAACGAGUACAAGAAGCCCAUGUUGUUUGACAGGGAGCUGUGUGUGCGUCAGCUGAGGUAUUCUGGGAUGAUGGAGACGAUCCGGAUCCGUAGAGCCGGCUAUCCGAUCCGUUACACCUUCGUAGAGUUUGUGGAUCGCUACAGAGUUCUGAUGCCGGGAGUCAAACCGGCGUACAAACAGGAGGAUCUGAGGGGAACGUGUCAGAGGAUCGCUGAGGCUGUUCGCAGAGACGACGACUGGCAGAUGGGAAAAACCAAAAUCUUCCUCAAGGAUCACCACGACAUGCUGCUGGAGAUUGAGAGGGACAAAGCCAUCACAGACAAGGUCAUCCUCAUCCAGAAGGUGGUUCGAGGGUUCAAAGACAGAUCCAACUUCCUGAAGAUGAGGAAGUCGGCAGUGUUGAUCCAGAAGACGUGGAGAGGAUACCAGUGCAGGAAGAACUACGGAGCCAUGCGAGCCGGCUUCUCUCGCCUUCAGGCUCUGGUUCGUUCCAGGAAGUUGUGUGCGUCGUAUCACGUCGCCCGUCAGCGAAUCACGGGCUUCCAGGGCCGCUGCCGAGGCUUCCUGGUGCGCCGGGCGUUCAGACACCGGCUGUGGGCCGUCAUCAGCAUCCAGGCCUACACCAGAGGAAUGAUCGCACGCCGGCUCUACAAGAGGCUGAAAGCAGAGUACCAUCGGAGGCUGGAGGCUGAGAAGAUGCGUUUGGCUGAAGAAGCCAAACUGAGGAACCAGAUGUCAGCGAAGAGAGCGAAGGCUGAGGCUGAACGUAAACACCAGGAGCGUCUGGCCCAGCUGGCCAAGGAGGACGCUGAGCGGGAGAAGAAGGAGAAGGAGGAGGCUCGGAGGAAGAAGGAGAUGGUGGAGCAGAUGGAGAAGGCUCGACUGGAGCCCGUCAACGACUCCGACAUGGUGGAUAAAAUGUUCGGCUUCCUGGGAACAACCAGCUCCUUCCCCGGUCAGGAGGGACAGGCUCCCGCUGGCUUUGAGGACCUGGAGCGAACUCAUCAUGAGCUGGAGGAGGAGGACCUGGACGAAGCUCUUCCUCUGCCUGAGGACGACGACGAGGAGGAUUUAUCGGAGUACAAGUUCGCCAAGUUCGCCGCCACGUACUUCCAGGGAACCACGACUCACACCUACGCCCGCCGGCCGCUCAAACAGCCGCUGCUGUUCCACGACGACGAGGGAGAUCAGCUGGCUGCUCUGGCCGUGUGGAUCACUGUGCUGAGGUUCAUGGGAGAUCUACCAGAGCCUAAAUACCACACAGCCAUCAGCGACGGCAGCGAGAAGAUCCCCGUCAUGACCAAGAUCUACGAGACUCUGGGGAAGAAAACCUACAAGAGAGAGCUGCAGGCGCUGCAGGGGGAAGGAGAGACGCCUCACUCUGACGGCCACAAGAAGAACAGCGUCCGACACAAGCUGGUGUCGCUCACGCUGAAGAAGAAGUCCAAGAUCACUGAGGAGGUCACCAAGCGCCUCAAUGAUGGCGAGUACGGUCUCCACGGCAACAGCAUGCUGGAGGACCGGCCCACGUCCAACCUGGAGAAACUUCACUUCAUCAUCGGCAACGGCAUCCUCAGACCAACACUGAGAGAUGAGAUCUACUGUCAGAUCUGUAAGCAGCUGAGUCAGAACCCGUCUAAAAGUUCUCACGCUCGAGGCUGGAUCCUCAUCUCGCUGUGUGUCGGCUGCUUCGCCCCGUCGGACAAAUUCGUGAAGUACCUGAGGAACUUCAUCAGCAGCGGACCUCCAGGUUACGCUCCGUACUGUGAAGAAAGGCUGAGGCGAACAUUCGUCAACGGGACGAGAACACAACCUCCGUCAUGGCUGGAGCUGCAGGCCACCAAGUCGAAGAAGCCCAUCAUGCUGCCGGUGACGUUCAUGGACGGAACGACCAAAACGCUGCUGACCGACUCGGCCACCACGGCCAAGGAGCUCUCCAACGCCCUGUCGGACAAAAUCAACCUCCGAGAUCGCUUCGGCUUCUCGCUCUACAUCGCUCUGUUCGACAAGGUUUCGUCUUUAGGCAGCGGUAACGACCACGUCAUGGACGCCGUGUCGCAGUGCGAGCAGUACGCCAAGGAGCAGGGCGCCCAGGAGAGGAACGCCCCCUGGAGGCUGUUCUUCAGGAAGGAGAUCUUCACUCCUUGGCACAACCCCAGUGAGGACCAGGUGGCCACCAACCUCAUCUACCAGCAGACCGUCAGGGGGGUGAAGUUUGGAGAAUACCGCUGCGACAGGGAUGAUCUGGCUGAACUGGCCUCCCAGCAGUACUACGUAGAUUACGGUUCAGAGAUCCUCCUGGAGCGUCUGCUGAGCCUCAUCCCCUCCUACAUCCCAGACAGGGAGAUCAGCAGCUCCAAGACGGUGGAGAAGUGGGCUCAUUUCAUCAUGGCUGCCCACAAAAAGGGCAUCUACACCCAGAAGAGGUUCGACGUUCAGAAGGUGAAGGAGGAAGUUGUGGACUUCGCUCGACACAAGUGGCCUCUGCUCUUCUCUCGUUUCUACGAAGCCUUCAAGUUCUCAGGUCCCAGCCUGCCUAAAAACGACCUGAUCGUCGCCGUCAACUGGACGGGGGUUUAUUUCGUGGACGAGCAGGAGCAGGUCCUCUUAGAACUGUCCUUCCCAGAAAUCACUGCAGUGUCCAGCAGCAGGGGCGGGAAGCUGCAGGGCCAGAGCUUCACUUUGGCCACCAUUAAAGGAGACGAGUACACCUUCACUUCCAACAACGCCGAGGACAUCCGAGACCUGGUGGUGACCUUCCUGGAAGGUCUGAGGAAGAGGUCCAAGUUUGUGGUGGCGCUGCAGGACAACCCCAACCCCACCGGUGAGGAGUCGACGUUCCUGAGCUUCCUGAAGGGAGAUCUGAUCGUGUUGGACCAGGACACCGGAGAGCAGGUCCUCAGCUCUGGUUGGGCCCACGGCAUCAACGAGCGGACCAAUCAGAGAGGAGACUUCCCAGCUGACUGCGUCUACGUCUUACCCAGCAUGACCCGGCCUCAGCAGGACAUCGUGGCGCUGGUCACCAUGACUCCAGACCAGCGGCAGGAGUCGGUUCGUGUUUCGCAGAUCGUGAUGCCAGAAAGCGACGGCAGAAUGAAGCCGUACACGCUGGAGGAGUUCUCCUACGACUACUUCAGGCCUCCUCCCAAACACACCCUGAGCAGAGUGAUGGUCACCAAGAAUCGAGGUAAAGACAAGUUGUGGAGCUGCACCAGAGAGCCGCUCAAACAGCCGCUGCUGAAGAAGGUGGUGAACCACGAGGACCUGGCUCAGGACGCCUGCAUGUCCUUCAUAGCUGUGAUGAAGUACAUGGGCGACUACCCGUCCAAACGGACCCGGUCGGUCAACGAGCUGACGGAUCAGAUCUUUGAAGGGGCGCUGAAGGCCGAGCCUCUGAAAGACGAGAUCUACUGUCAGAUCAUCAAACAGCUCACAGACAACCACGUCAAGUACAGCGAGGAGAAAGGCUGGGAGCUGCUGUGGUUGUGCACUGGUCUGUAUCCUCCCAGUAACGUGCUGCUGCCGCACAUCCAGAGGUUCCUGCAGUCCAAGAGACACCACCCGCUGUCUGCAGACUGCAUGCAGCGGCUGCACAGAGCUCUGCGUAACGGAUCCAGGAAGUACCCUCCUCAUUUAGUGGAAGUCGGAGCCAUCCAGCACAAAACGACUCAGAUCUUCCAUAAAGUCUACUUCCCUGAUGAUACAGACGAGGCCUUCGAGGUGGAGUCGAGCACCAAGGCGAAGGAUUUCUGCCAGAACAUUUCCACCAGACUGCUGCUCAAAUCUCCUGAAGGCUUCAGCCUCUUUGUCAAGAUCUCAGACAAGGUGAUCAGUGUGCCAGAGGGAGAUUUCUUCUUCGACUUCGUCAGACAUUUGACCGACUGGAUCAAGAAAUCUCGACCAGCUAAAGAUGGAAUCGUCCCCUCUCUGACCUACCAGGUGUUCUUCAUGAAGAAGCUGUGGACCAACACGGUCCCAGGGAAGGACUCCUUUGCCGACUCCAUCUUCCACUAUUACCAGGAGCUGCCUAAAUACCUGCGCGGCUACCACAAGUGCUCACGGGAAGAGGUUUUCCAACUCGCGGCGCUCAUCUACCGCGUCAAGUUUGAGGACGACAAAUCCCACUUUCCUACGAUUCCCAAGAUGCUCCGGGAGCUGGUUCCCCAGGACCUGAUCCGCCAGAUGUCACCGGAUGACUGGAAGAGGUCUGUGGUGGCGUACUUCAACAAGCAGGCCGGUAAAUCCAGAGAAGAGGCCAAACUCAUGUUCCUGAAGGUCAUCUACAAGUGGCCCACCUUUGGCUCCGCCUUCUUUGAGGUCAAGCAAACCACAGAACCAAACUUCCCAGAGAUCCUGCUGAUCGCCAUCAACAAACACGGAGUCAGUCUCAUCGACCCGAAGACCAAGGACAUCUUGACCACUCACCCCUUCACCAAGAUCUCCAACUGGAGCAGCGGAAACACCUACUUCCACAUCACCAUCGGCAACCUGGUCAGAGGAAGCAAACUGCUGUGUGAGACUUCGCUGGGCUACAAGAUGGACGACCUGCUCACCUCCUACAUCAGCCAGAUGCUGACCACCAUGAACAAGCAGCGGUCCGGGCGAGGCCACAGCAAGUGAACUUCUUACUGGCAGGAGGCCGCCGAGCUCAUCCGCCUCUUGCGUCCUAUUGGCCAGCACUGCAGCUGGGGGCGGACCUUUGCCAGCCAGCUGUGGUGGAUGAGCCGCAGUCCUUCUGCUUACUCCGACGGGUCCAAGCUCACCGGGGCGAGUUCGGCCACCAGCAGCGACGACCCCGGAGAAGGACCCAGCAACUACAACCGCUACGACUACGAUGAGGACGAGCCGUCCAGCGAGGAUGACUACCUCUAAGACUUGAGUCCAAACUGUCCUCCAUUAGUCUCUCUGGUUUUGGUUCCCAGAUUGAGCAGUCAAACCUGUAAAGAAACAGUGUUCAGUCAGUAACACCUUAAAGGCCUGCUUCAGAUCACUGCAAGGACCCUCUGCUGGGUGAAAUGCUAAAUGGGCAUCUGAAGGUGUUAAAAACAUUAAAUUAACACGCCUUAAAUAUGUUUACCUGAUGUGGACAGGAACCUGUUGGAGUGUGAUGCUGUUCAGUCUGUGACUCAAAGGGCCUGUGUUGGUUUUAGCCAAAUUAUUUUAAUUGGUCAAUCAGUUCCUUAUUUUAGGCCACAAUUAGUAUGGCCAAGUGACAUUAAUUGCUUAUUUAUAUGACUGGGAAAUACUGACAAAAAUGGCAAUAAAUACACAGAAUUAUUACAGAACUGCUUUCCCUACUGGUUUCCCAUCAGGUCUUGUAUUUACGCUGCAGAAACCCUGAUUUAUCUCUAAGAGUUAACAGGAAAAGAGUUUAGCUGAUGCUAAACCCAGACUCUGACCUGAGGCCUUCACUAUAGCGCAGCAUUUGGGGUUAACUUGUUGUUUCAGAGCAGAUUAUGUUCAAGACAAAAGCUCACGUGUCUGAAAGCAGCACCUACGAACCAUUCAGUUCUUUUGGAAAAUUCUAUCAUUAUUGGUAUGAGAAAAACUGUGUUAGGAAAUCAGGAGUUUAUUAGCGGUUUCAAAGCCAUUUCUCUGCUCUGUAGGCCUUUGUUUCACAACUAUUAGAAGGUCAAAGAGCACACAGCAUUAGUGCUCUAUCAGUCUCUGUGCAGUGAUAUAAUCGUUAGAAAGUCUGCUUACCGAGUUGAAAGAUGCUCUUUAAAACUCCCCAAAACGAUCAACUUCACCAGGGCUGCAGCUGAAACAAUAAGUCAGAAAUUGUCAUAAUUACCAUAGCAACAGGCUGAACAGCACAUGUAAUGGAACAGAUGGAAUAAAUUGUGUUUCUAGUCAGAUAUGCUUGUGUCUUAAUGAAGCGGCAGCGAUAAUAAUAAGCCCAUUAACUUUCUUUCUGUCCUGCUCUGCUGCAGCAGCGGUGUGUUUCAUAAUCCUCACAUUGGUUUAGGAUUUAGUUUUUCUGCUUGUGAGGCCAGAAAACAAAACAAUACCUGGGUUUUAUAACUUGUUUUGUAAUUCAGACAUCAGCUGAGUCUCUGUGUCUAAACUCAGAGGUAAACGCGUCUGAUUUGGCUAAAGCGUCUUACUGCAGCAGGAAAUGCACGUUUUAAAACCAGGAUAAGGAUCUAAGAAAAAUCCUUUAGUAAGCUUUGUCAGAAUAGGCAUUUAAAGGUAUUAAAAGGUCUUAAAUAUAUUUUCUAAAACUAAAGUUUUUAGAUGGACAUUUUUGCAAAAACUAAAGCGAAUCUAGUACCAUUGUCCAAGAGCUCUGAAUGAAUCCAUCCAGAUGUUUAAGUCCAGUACAGUAAUGACAUUUAUUCAAAGGGUUUGUCCUGACUGGUUUUCAUUAGUAUCUGUCAUAACUAGCAUGACAAUGAAACGGGUAUUAAAUGUAAUAUGUGGUCAUAGUAAACUAAGGUCUGAAGCCCUGAUUGUAUGUGGUGAACCCUGAAUAAUGCUGUCUGAUAGUUUUGUGAGUAAAUACAGGAGCUUUAGUGACGCUAAAGACGCAUAGUUUUGUUCUUUUCUCAUCUAGUGCAUCCUGAAAUACUGACAAAAUCAAGAAGUUCACAUUCUAUUUACAGUAGCAGCUGCAAGAUUCUCAGACAACAAGGUCAGAAACAUUGAAGGUUCCAUCUUUCUGUUUUUCUUCUCAGCUGGGACCUGCUGCUGUUUCAGAGUGACUCUAGCUUUAGAAUACAUCUGUUAUUCCAGGCCUUACUUCCAAACUGUGCAACUGAAGGGACUCUAUUUACUUGAAACUGUAACAUUGUUUGACAGAAGAAACAGACCUGUCAUGAGUUGGAGCCUUCAGGUUUAUCUUUAUGGGUUAUAUUCUGUGAAACGGUUUAAUAUUGGACAGUUUUUUUAAAGACUUUAUUUGUUUUAUGUUUACACUCGUUUAUAUUUGUUUAUUAUCAGCUGUUUGUGUUUAGUUUGACACUUCAUACCUUCUUUGUUUCCUGUUUCUAUUGAGACGGCAUUACAUCAGAGGGAGGAGUUUCCCCCUCAUGUACUGGAAAUGAUUUAUUGACAUGAAUACGAGUUCUGCUUAAAUGUGUGAGUUGAAGCUGUAAGUGGACCUUGAGCUAAAACCGUUUUCACACUCGACAGUCCUGUUGUUUUUUACUGUUAUUACAAGUGUCAUUUGUCUUAAAACAUGUUGAAAAUUGUGAAUACAAAAUACAUUUAUACCUCUGA